AUGGCCAGUGCCAAGGACCCUGGAAGUAAUCACAUUGAGCAGUAUGGCGUCGAUAAUCCCAAGGAUCAAGACCUGAGGUCAGUACCGACGGCCUUGAUGGAUUGGUCUCCAGAAGACAGAGCGCGACGGGAAAAAGCGCUGGUCAGGAAAAUUGACACUCGGCUCCUGAUAAUCAUGUUGGUUAUGUACAUCCUCAACUACUUGGAUCGCAACAACAUUGCAGCGGCAAAGUUAGCUGGACUGCAAGAUGACCUAAACCUCAAGGGGGAAGAAUACCAGGUCUGCGUUAGCAUCUUGUUUGUCGGAUAUCUCCUGAUGCAAGUACCGUCGAACAUGAUUCUCAACAAAUUUGGCAAGCCUUCGAUUUACCUGCCAUCCUGCAUGGUGGUAUGGGGUGUCAUCUCUUGUUCCACUGCUGCCACAAAGGGCUUCGGGGGCUUGUUGGCCGUGCGAUUCUUCCUUGGCUUUAUUGAGGCUGCUUACUUCCCUGGCUGUCUCUAUCUCCUAUCAGCAUGGUACACAAGGAAGGAACUAGGCAAACGGACCGCAUUACUAUACGCCGGAUCAUUGAUCUCAGGUGCAUUCUCAGGGCUAAUCUCCGCUGGAAUCACAAGCGGCUUGAACGGCGCCCGAGGUAUCGCAGCAUGGAGAUGGCUCUUUAUAAUCGAGGGCGCACUGACGAUCUUUGUCGCUUUAUUCGCUUUCUUCAUCGUUCCUGAUCUCCCCAGAACGACACCUUGGUUAAGUGAUGAUGAGAAGGCGCUUGCGGCCUGGAGACUGGAAGAAGAUAUCGGUGAAGACGACUGGGUCGACAGUGAGCACCAAAGCAUGUUACAUGGUGCAAAACUGGCUAUCUUAGACCCGAAAACCUGGCUACUGCUUGGCGUCAUCUACGGCUGUACAUCAUCCGGUGCUGUAACCACUUUCUUCCCAAGUGUGAUGGCCGGACUUGGCAAGAAUAACAUCGACACCUUACUCCUGACGACGCCACCAUAUCUCAUAGGCACAAUCAUUGUAUUGAUUCAUGCCUGGAAAGCAGACCGCACAGGAGAGCGAUACCUUCAUCUCUGUCUUCCACCCAUUUUCGCUAUCGUAUCAUUCAUCCUAUACAUGGCCGGAAACAACUUUGCCGCUCGUUACAUUGCAAUGUGCAUCAUGCUCGGUGGUAUCUAUGCCAGCUACGUCGUUGCCCUUGGAUACAUCUCCAACAUCCUGCCCCGCCCCGCCGCAAAACGCGCAGCUGCAUUGGCAUUGAUCAAUUGUCUCAGUAACGUGGCCCAGAUCUACACACCUUAUCUUUACCCUGAUUCGGCCGCGCCGCGAUACAUUACCGCGUUUAGUGUCAAUAUCGCCAUGUGCGCUAUGACGAUCAUUUUUUCAACUGUUCUUCGCGUUUAUCUCGGGAGGUUGAAUAAGAAGCUGGAUCAGGAGGAGGGGGCCAAUUUGCCCGCGUAUGCUGGUAGUAGUGAAGGGGCUGAGGUGGCCGUUAGUCGUGGAUUCCGGUUCUUGCUUUAG